GUGAUGCUGAUCUCUGGAGCUUUGGUCCAGAUUUGGAGCACAACAAAGAGAGGGUCGUGUGCAGUGAUUACAGCAUGGAUUACCUCCAGUAUACCGACCAGUUCUGUGACCUGGAGGAAAAAGACAAGGGAUUGGAUCCAUUCCCAGAAAGGAUCCUAAAAAUCACCAUGGAGAUCGCCUUCCUCCUGACUGGUCAGGAAUACAUCCUGGUGAAGAAGCCGAGUGACCUCCGCAUCCCUGGAGGGUUCAGCCUGGAUCAUCUGCCUCCGACAAGUGAGAUCAACAACAAUGACAAGAUUCUAGAACUCACUAACAACAUGAUUCAGCUGUUGACUGGAGAGGUCCCUCUCAAACAUGAAAAUGUUGCAGUUUUCUUCACCACAGAUGAAUGGGAGUAUUAUAACGAACACAAGAGCCUCUACAGCGACACCCCUAUAGAAGCUAUAGAAACUCCGCGAUCUGAGCGAUUACAACGCCGAACAGUUCUCAAAGAAACAGCCAAGCCGAAACCAAGACGCGGAGGAACUAAAAAAGUGAGAGGGCCGCGAAAAAGUAGGUACAUCAAGAAAAAGGACAGGAAGCCUCCCUCCCAGGAUAACCAUACCUCAGAAAACGGUACGGGGUACAAAACUGAUGACAGCGAGGAAACCUUUGACCCCCGAUUGAUGGUGAAGUGCAAGGAGUGUGACCGCAAAUUCCAGAACAAGGCGGCCUACUUAUCUCAUCAGAGAGCACACACCCGGGUGUUUAAAUGCAACAUUUGCGACAUUUUUCUGUCUAACAGGCAGCUUCUUAUCCAGCACAAGAAGCAGCACGCUGAAGCGAAGCCGUUCGCUUGUCCCACCUGCGGCAAGCAUUUCCCCCGCCUCGUUAACCUUGAAGUACACCAGCGAUUACACAGCGGCGAGCGCCCGUUCUCCUGCACCGAAUGCAGCAAAGGUUUCUCCUGCCUGGCGAACCUUAUUAAACACAGUCGCAUUCAUACCGGAGAAAAACCAUUUACCUGCACCGAGUGCGGGAAAUCCUUCGUCAAGAGCUCACAUCUGUCGCGGCACAAACGCAUUCACACGGGCGAGAAGCCAUACACCUGUGAGGCUUGCGGCAAGCGUUUUACAAACAAAGAAAAUUUGGUGACCCAUCGGCGCUAUCACACGGGGGAGAGGCCUUUCUCGUGCGGCGAGUGCGAUAAAAAGUUCUCAUUCAAAUCGCACAUGGUCAUCCACCAGCGCAUGCACACGGGCGAGAAGCCGUUCACGUGCACGGAUUGUGGCCGGGGUUUUGCAGAUCGCUCGCACUUGCUUAAGCACAUGCUUUGUCACACGGGUGAGAAGCCGUACCCUUGUCAACACUGCGGGAGGUCCUUUGCCCGGCGCUCGCACUGCAGCAACCACGAAAAGACGCACAUGCGUGAAAAGAAGUUCCAGUGUUCUGAUUGUGGAAAGGGGUUUGGGCUGAAGAGCCAGCUGAAGAGGCAUUGGAAGACCCACUAAGGAUUGGAAAUAAGACUCUCUCUUUUUCUUCUAUAUGGAGGACUAAAGCAAGGGGGAGCUCUUUCCAAUAACGUUUAAAGGACCUUGAAUUGCUAAUCGUGCUGCUGAGUAAGCACUUCGAUCCCAAAGAGUUCAGGAUCGAGUAGAAGAUAACUAGGGUUGUCCCGAUACCACUUUUUUAGGACCGAGUACAAGUACCGAUACUUUUUUUCAAGUACUCGCCG